AUGCCGGUCUUUCAUACAAAGACGAUAGAAAGUAUCCUAGAGCCUGUGGCUCAACAGGUGUCUAUGUUAGUGAUCCUCCAUGAGGAAGCAGAAGAUGGAAAUGCUAUGCCUGAUCUGGCUCAGCCAGUCAGAACUGUUAAAAUAGCUGUAGACAAUCUUGUUAAGGUUGGAUAUGAGACAAUCAAUUCAAGUGAUGAUCAGAUAUUAAAACAAGACAUGCCACCAGCUUUACGACGUGUGGAUGAAUCAUCCUUACUCUUGUUACAAGCAUCUGAUAUGUUACGAGCUGAUCCUUAUUCUGGUCCAGCUAGAAAAAAGCUUAUUGAGGGCUCUAGAGGUAUAUUACAAGGGACAUCAUCUCUGUUGUUAACAUUUGAUGAAUCAGAAGUCAGGAAAAUUAUCCGAACUUGUAAAAAUGUGUUGGAAUAUCUGGCUAUCACUGAAGUUGUUGAACGAAUGGAAGAUCUUGUUACUUAUGUUAAGAAUCUAAGUCCAGUUAUUACAAAGAUGAUGAAGGAGGUUGAUAAUCGUAAAGAAGAGUUAACUCAUAUUGUACAUCGUGAUAUGUUAAAACGCUCGUUAGACCAGGUGAAAAACCUCACACCUGUAUUAAUCAGUGGUAUCAAAAUAUUUAUCACGGCUAAAGCCAACAAUCUAGGUUUUAAUGAAGCUCAGAAUAACCGAGAUUAUGUGGUACGCAAGAUGUCUGAUGAAAUCCAUGAGAUUAUUCGAGUGUUGCUAUUGACAACCUAUGAUGAAGAUGAAUGGGAUGCUGAUGAUUUGACUGUCAUGAAAAAAUCACAGAAUGCUAUUGAAGGUAAAAUGCAGCAAGCCCAGGAUUGGUUGAAAGAUCCUAAAGCUUUAGUUGGUAGUGCUGGUGACAAGGCGUUACGUAAUAUCCUGGAAGAUGCCAAGAAGAUAGCUGAGAGAUGUACCAACCCUCAAGAUCGCGAUGCCAUUAUGAAAUGUGCUGGUGAUGUGGAAUCCAUGGCCAACGCACUAUCUGAACUUAGAAUACAGGGCAAGGGUAACAGUCCACAGGCAUUAGGUUUAGCUCGAGAGAUCCAGGGUAAACUAGAUGCCUUACAGAACCUGACACAGCGGGGUAUUAUGAACACUGAGAGAAGUGGUAUACGUAAACCAGCCCCAACUGUUGACGGCAAGAUUGAACAAGCUCGUCAAUGGUUGGCCAAUCCAGGAAUCAACGACAAUGGUUUAGGUGAACAAGCCACAAGACUAGUAGUAGCUGAAGGGAGACGUGUUGCCCAGUGUUGUACUGGACCACAACGACAGGAAUUAUUACGGUCAUGUGACGAGGUGGAAAUAUUAACCAAUCAGCUGGCAGAUAUGUGUAAAAAGAAUAUGGGUAACAGUCCUCAAGCUGCUGCUGUAGCCAGACACAUGUCAGAUAAACUACAACAUCUUAAACUUAAGAUUAGAGAUGCUCUUAUCAGUCAGGUAGCUGAAGAUUUUACUGAUAUUUCAACUCCAUUAAAACAACUAACAGAGGCAGCUGUCGCAGCUCCAGGUUCACCUAAUAGAGAUGCUAAUUUUGAUGAGAAAGCUCGUAAUUUCCAAGCCCAUGCCUGUAAACUGGCAGAUACAGCUACUCUAGUAGCAACAGCUGGUGGGUGUAGAAACAAGAAAACUGUGGAAGAAAUCUUUGCUAAUUCUAAACAGAUUAAGGAUUUGACCCCACAAGUAAUUAACGCUGCCAGAGUUUUAUUCUGUAACCCUGGUAACCAGGCUGCCCAGGAACAUUUUGAUUUGAUUAAGAAACAAUGGACAGACAAUAUGGAAAGGCUGCGAUUCCUGGUGGAUGAGGCUGUAGAUUCCGCUGCUCUUAUUAAAGCUGAAGAGGAAGCUAUCAGUAAAGAUACAGACAGAAUAGAAGAAGGAAUAAGAUCUGGUGAUGUACCAAAAAUAGUCAACAAUACAGGAGAUAUUGCCCGACGAGCCAACCGUAUUUUACAGGUAGCUCAACAAGAGGCUGAGAACAGCGAAGAUCCCCAGUUUUUAGCUCGAGUCAAUGCUGCUUCUCAAAAUCUUAAACAAUCUAUUGCACCAAUGUUACAGAAUGCUAAAAACUUGGCCAUGAAUCCUCGAGAUGCCAACGCUGCUGCCAACUGGAGAAAAUCUAACCAAGCUGUAAAACAUACGAAAGAUUCAGUGGAGAAUUACCCCCCACCCCCUCCAGAUCUCUCUCAACUUCAUAUAGCAGGUAAUUAUUAUUUACAUUAUUCUACUUACAGUGCCCCACCCCGACCACCAUUACCUCAUGAGCUGGCCCCACCCAGGCCUCCACCCCCAGAUACAGAUGAUGAGGAAGAUUUCCCCAUCCCACAGGCCAAUCAGCCCAUCAUGAUGGCAGCACAUGCUUUACAUAUGGAAGCUAAACAAUGGUCCAGUAAAGACAACGAAAUUAUCACGGCUGCUAAAAAGAUGGCGCUACUCAUGGCUAAACUCAGUCAACUGGUCAGAGGUGAAGGAGGAUCAAAGAAAGAAUUAAUAGAAACAGCUAAAUUAAUCGCCAUGCAGUCUACAGAAGUCACUCGACUGGCUAAAAAGCUGGCGUCCGAUUGUACUGAUAAGAAAAUGAGAAACAGUUUACUGCAAGUUUGUGAAAGAAUUCCUACCAUUGGAACACAAUUAAAGAUUCUAUCUACAGUCAAGGCUACUAUGUUAGGAGCACAAGGUUCAGAGGAAGAUCAAGAAGCUACAGAGAUGUUGGUUGGAAAUGCACAGAAUCUGAUGCAGGCUGUCAAGGAAACAGUUCGAGCUGCUGAAGGAGCAUCCAUCAAGAUUCGUGUUGACUCAGGCUACCAAAUUAGAUGGGCUCGUAAACGACCCUGGUACACAUAA